AUGGGCUACUACUCUCUCCGGACGUUCGUCGUUGUGGCACUGGCCGCCAGCGCCAGUUCGCAGCAGACGCCGCCGGCCAACAUCAACCAACAUUUUGAAGUCGACACCGUUUUCCCGCGCCCGGUCGAGCAGACGUUCGCCAUGGAAGACUUGCAGACGUUCAAGGCAAAUGAGAUUAUUCCUCUGGUCAUCGCCGUGCAAAACUUGGGGGCUUGGACGCUCGGCAACUUGACCAUGGUGUGGCAAUGGUACAUACAGUCUGUCCCUGCAAAUGGGACUCGAGGCCGAAUCCUGGACGUAGGGGUGUUCGAUACCACUGACGCCGCAACAAAGAACCCGGCCUUCCUCGUCGCUGUCACAAAUUCGUCGACGUGGUAUCAGAACACCACCAGGUGGCAGGUCUCCCCCAAGGCUCCAGGCGAGACGUAUCUGUUUCAAUGGACCGCCAGCUUUUAUGCGGCCAACAAUUCCUGCUAUUUCCGCUAUCCCGACGUCCCCAACCUCUAUGUCUGGAAGACCGCUUCCGUGUUCGACGUCCUGUCAGAAUCGGAGGAGCAGAUUUAUCUGCGGGCAAGGCGACCGACUUCGCUAGAGAACGUGACCACUGCCGAAGUAGCCAUUCCACAGGCGCCCGAAUGCCCAGAACUCGGUGGCCUCUAUCAGGCCACCUUCAAUGAAACGGCGACUGACUGCCAACUCGGCGUCGUCGCUGUUGAAGGGAUCCAAGGCAACCCUUGCGCGGCCCAGGUCGACAGCAUCGUCGCACACAGCAUCUCGAGCCGCGUGGCGAGCUCCAUCUCGGCUUGGACCGCACCUCCAACAACGACUCGGACUGGGAGCGCCCCCACGUCGACGAGCAGGGGGGGUGCGGGAGUCGCGCAACCGGUGCAGACAGCAAUGGCUGCGGCUUGCAUUCUCUGUGGUUUGGCACUUUCUUAG